AUGGACGCUGCUCACUGGUACCUGCAAAUGCAUGCGAUACCAAUCCAAACUAUUUGCGCAGCUUACACCAAAAUUGGCCAAUGGGUCAAUACUGCCCUUCGCACACAAGUUGGAGAUGCUGCUCACCUGGGGGCGCAGCAAAAUGAGUGUUUGAGGUUACUGACACUUCACGUGGAUCUCUUCUCUGCUGAGGAGGGUACCACUAUUGAGACUAGUAUUCAUAGCAUGAUCAGUCACCUUGACAAGGCUACCCGACACUCAUCUGAUCCUGCCGAAACAUCUCCUUUGACCAUUGCUUGCACAGUGCGCACAGGAGCUGAUGAUGGGUCAAUUACUCAUAUCUACAUGUCAUCAACAGCCCCUACAUCCAAUCUUUCUGAUGAAGAAUUGGAUGAAAUCAUGCAGCAGGUACUCAAGCUUUUUCCAAAAUUUGGGAGACAGAUGCUCAAUGGGGAUUUUAGAGUCAUAUGCACGUGUUCAUGGGGCACCUACCACAAUGUUUGGGGCACGGAAGAUCCAAAGGCAAGUCUACUCAGUUCCAUGACCGAAUUUGCUCUACCAUCAUGA